CUGUCAUGUACAGCGCGAUCUGGCAACGCUGAGCUUCUUUUUAGUUGGAAAGAGUGAUUUGUACAAACGGUAAAAAAAUCGUCAAAUUAGUUAAAUUACAGUUAAAAAGUACUGAAAAUUGCAUUAAAAUACACGCGUAGCAUUAAACAACAUCUGGAAACAGAUUGAAAAAAAUACAUAUUUUAUAUCUUCCCCAUAAAUUGUUACACUUGAUUUGCCAAAAUUCCGACCAAAACACCCAAGACAAGAUUAGCAGCCAAACGACGCAACCAGGACAGCCAGCCCACGUCCCAGUCGCCCGCGCAAGUUGUCGUCCUUUCACAGCAACAACAACAGGAGCAGCAGCAGCAGCAACACCACCGGCCACAGCAACCAGAUCGGGUGGAAGGCAAACGUGAUUUGCCACCGGCUGCCAAAAUGAAUCGUUCGAGCAAUUCGCAGGCCACACAGAGGCCGGUCAAUUUGGAUGACAUCUGGAAGGAGCUGGUGGAGGGUAUAUUGCAAAUAUUCCGGCAUGAAAAAUCGCUAACACGUAAUCAGUAUAUGAGGUUCUACACGCACGUCUAUGACUAUUGCACGAGUGUCAGCGCAGCACCGAGCGGACGCAGCAGCGGCAAGGCAGGCGGUGCUCAGCUGGUGGGCAAGAAACUGUACGAUCGGCUCGAGGAAUUCCUGGAGGACUAUCUGAAUGAAUUGCUGACCACGUUCCAGUCAAUAAGGGGCGAGGAGGUGCUGCUCUCGCGCUAUACGAAGCAGUGGAAAUCGUAUCAGUUCUCCAGCACUGUCCUGGAUGGCAUUUGCAAUUACCUGAAUCGCAAUUGGGUGAAACGUGAGUGCGAGGAGGGCCAGAAGGGCAUCUAUAAGAUCUAUCGUCUGGCCCUGGUCGCCUGGAAGGGGCAUCUGUUCGAAGUGCUCAACGAGCCGGUGACCAAGGCGAUACUCAAGUCCAUUGAGGAGGAGCGCCACGGCAAGCUAAUAAAUCGUGCACUAGUCCGCGAUGUUAUUGAGUGCUACGUCGAGUUGAGUUUCAAUGAGGACGACACCGAUGUCAACGAACGAAAGCUAUCGGUCUAUAAAGAUAAUUUUGAAGUGAAAUUCAUAGCCGACACCUACGAUUUCUACGAGAAGGAGUCCGAUGCGUUCCUAUCCGCCUACACGGUGACAGAGUACUUGAAGCAUGUCGAAACCCGUCUAGAGGAAGAGAAACAGCGCGUCCGUGGACGCAACUCGAAAAAUGCCCUGUCUUAUCUGCACGAGACAACGGCGGAUGUCCUCAAAUCGACCUGCGAACAGGUACUGAUUGAGAAGCAUUUGAGAUUAUUCCAUACGGAGUUCCAGAACCUGUUGAAUGCCGACAGAAAUGAGGAUCUGAAGCGCAUGUAUUCAUUGGUUGCGCUCUCGCCCAAAAAUCUGGACCAAUUGAAGAAAAUACUCGAGAAUCACAUACUGCAACAGGGCACAGAAGCCAUCGAGAAAUGCUGUACCAGCGAUGCGGCAAACGAUCCAAAAACCUAUGUACAAACCAUACUUGAUACACACAAAAAGUACAAUGCGCUCGUUUUGACCGCAUUCGAUAAUGACAAUGGAUUUGUGGCCUCGUUGGACAAGGCGUGCGGUAAAUUUAUAAAUUCCAAUGUGGUGACGCGGCCAAACAAUGCCGGCAAAUCGCCCGAAUUGUUGGCCAAAUAUUGCGAUCUGUUGCUCAAGAAAUCAUCAAAGAAUCCGGAGGACAAGGAGCUAGAGGAUAAUUUGAAUCAGGUGAUGGUCGUCUUCAAAUAUAUUGAGGAUAAGGAUGUCUUCCAGAAGUACUACUCAAAUAUGCUGGCAAAGCGUUUAGUCAGUCAUACAUCGGCGUCUGAUGAUGCCGAGGCAAUGAUGAUCUCCAAGCUGAAGCAGACCUGCGGUUAUGAAUACACUGUUAAGCUGCAGCGUAUGUUCCAGGACAUUGGUCUGUCCAAGGACUUGAAUUCAAAUUUCAAGGAGUACCUGAAGACCCAAAAUAUAACAUCCGAAAUUGACUUCGGCAUCGAGGUGCUCUCAACAAACGCCUGGCCCUUCACGCAGAACAACAAUUUUCUGCUACCCUCGGAACUGGAGCGAUCCGUUCAACAGUUUACCAUUUUCUACUCAGCUCGACAUUCGGGCCGCAAACUGAAUUGGCUGUAUCACAAAUGCAAGGGCGAAUUAAUAAUGAACGUGAAUCGCAGCAAUGUCGUCUACACACUGCAAGUGAGCACGUUCCAAAUGUCGGUGCUGUUGCAGUUUAAUGAUCAGCUCAGCUUUACAGUGCAACAACUGCGUGAUAAUACGCAAUCCCAGCUAGAGAAUUUGAUACAGGUAUUGCAAAUACUGCUCAAGGCCAAAGUGCUGACGUCCAGCGAUAGCGAGAAUGCCCUCACAUCCGACUCAACUGUGGAAUUGUUUUUGGAUUAUAAGAGCAAGAAGCGUCGCAUUAACAUCAAUCAUCCGUUGAAGACUGAGCUUAAAGUUGAGCAGGAGACUGUCACCAAACACAUUGAGGAGGAUCGCAAGCUGUUGAUUCAGGCGGCGAUCGUACGCAUCAUGAAGAUGCGCAAGCGUCUCAAUCACACUAAUCUCAUCUCUGAGGUGCUCAAUCAGCUGUCGACACGGUUUAAGCCCAAUGUGCCGGUCAUUAAGAAGUGCAUCGAUAUAUUGAUUGAGAAGGAGUAUCUGGAGCGCAUGGAGGGACACAAAGACACCUAUAGCUAUCUAGCCUAAGUUCAUGUUUAUAUAUAUAUAAAUAUCGUUCCAAAAUUAUAUAUUUUGCCAGCCACUAGAAGAAGAUAUCAAGUCAGAUAUCAAUUAGAGCCUGCCAAUUUCCACACCUCCACCCACCCACAUCCCUGUAUAAGUAAUCAACAAUUAAGAUCUGUACCCCCCGCCUAUACCCCUCAUCUAAUGAUUGUCGAAUUAGCUACAUGCUUAACGCAUUUAGAAUGCGCGCAUAUUUCACAACCAACAAUCAAAGCAACAUUUAAUUCAUUUUGCAAGUCCCCCCCCAUUGUCAUGAUCAUCGUCCUCUCUCAAAGGCAACAGGAGUAAAGGAUUAAAAUUCCAACAUGGAAUUGUGCAAGCACAGAUAAAAAAAAAAUAAUUCAUGUAGCUUCUUGAAUCAUUUAUAAUAAUGAGUUUUACUUAGUUUAUUGCUGUUUUAUAAUUUUUUCAUAUAUUACAUUACGGAAAAGACAAAAAAUGUUAAGUUCAAAAAACAAAAACAAAAAAAAAAAGUAACAAAAACGAAACGAAAUAUAUAAGUUGAAGCAGUUAA